ACCGCGGAAUGUCACAGGCAGGGUGUAUGUCAAAAUAUAAAAUAAAACGUAGUGUCAUGCGCACUGGGUGCUUCGGCUCGCGGGGACCCAGUCAGUCGCCUCGCGGUUACCGAACGGGCCUCUAUGUGCUCCGCCUUCGAAACUCGACCAUUCGAGCGCGGCGUUUAAAGAUUUAAAUUGAGAACACGUGCGUGAACAUUUAACGGUCAGUUUUUGACAGUGUUUUGAAGUGUUGUGAACUUUUGUGGUAUGAAAUAUAAAGUUAUUCGGUUAACGUAGGAAGUUUAAAAGAAAAUAUAAGUGUCGGAGACUCCGGAAGUGAUUUGGGUCGAUAAUGUGAAAAUAUAAGAGCAAUCAUGAUGAGGGUUGCUGCGCUGCUGUGCUUAUUUGGAUAUUUGGGCAUGUCGUCCGGCGGCGGCAGCGUCAGCGACCUGGACUUAUUCAACACGACGACAAGUUACAACGCGACAGACGGCGUGGAACCGCACUUCGACAAUGCGACAAAACGCGACUACACGGCGGCUGUCGGCCAGGCUGCCUAUCUGCACUGCCGCGUCAAAAGUCUAGGCGACAGAGCGGUAUCCUGGAUCCGUAAACGCGACCUCCACAUCCUCACCGUGGGCGUCCACACGUACAGCAGCGACGCGCGGUUCGCUGCGCUCCACACUGACGGCACGGAUGAGUGGACACUGCGCGUGGCUCCAGCGCAGCCACGUGACUCCGGUGGCUACGAAUGCCAGGUCUCCACGGAGCCCAAGAUCAGCCUGUCCUUCAGGCUCACCGUCGUUGUUUCGAAGGCGGAGAUACUCUCGGGACCGGAGCUGUUUGUGCGGGCCGGAUCUGAUAUCAACCUCACGUGCAUCGCAAGGCAUGCGCCGGAUCCACCCAGCUUCAUCUACUGGUACCGCGGCCCACACGUGGUGAAUUACGCGCAACGCGGCGGUAUCAGCGUCGAGACUGAACAACGAACGCGCACCAGCAGGCUACUGAUCGCGCGCGCCGCGCCUAGAGACUCCGGGAACUACACUUGCGCUCCGAGCAGCUCUGAUUCAGCUUCGGUGGUGGUUCAUGUGGUGAGCGGCGAGCGACCAGCGGCCAUGCAAAGUCACGCCACAGAGCUUCUCCCACACUAUCCCAUCUUUCUUCUAUUAUUCGCAUUUAACACCAGCACCUUUAACAUCACAACACUAUACGAUAACCUAAAAACAUUUUUCAUGUUCUUAAAAGUAGUUUUCCUAUACAAUUUCCCUAGAAAAUGCGUUGCAAGAUGACCAGCUAUCUAGAACCGUUCUGCUUUUUAAAAUCCUAGUAAUUACGAGAAACUGAUAUUAAAGAAACGAAUUACUUUAAGUAUCAAGUAGGUUUCAGUAGACUACAUAUAGUAUUGUUACUAUGUACAGCUGAGUUCCCGUAAAAUAGAAACUCCUUCUUAACAUCUAAUAAGGGAAAACUGGUUAAAUUCGUAGGUUAGAUUUCGUAAUUACGAAGAUACAAAAAUGUAUACUUAGGUAAUAUCCCCUCAACUGUGGGAGCGCCUUUCAGGCGGUCAUAAAAUUGGCGGUUUAUCUGUGGCUCAACCUGCCAGGUUCGCAUAAUUUGCGCCUAAACUUAAGGUAAAAUAUCAGUGAAACAUAUGUUUAACUCGCUCUGACGUAUUUAAUCGUGGAGUGAAUGAAGCAAGACAGCUAGCAAGCGAACAUUUGAAUGAUCAACGGUUGAAAAAGUCGUUAACUUUCGUCAGUCAAAAACAGCCACUGUGACGAGUAGGAUGUUACGUGUUUUUAUAGUAAAAUUGUGGAUUUUUAUGGUGAAAUCGUUAAAAAGCUGAGGAAAUGUCAGUAAACUUUUGUUAAUAUUAUGUUUGGGUGUGUUUUUAGAAUAAUAUAAGUGCUAAAGGUGUGAAGAAAUGACAUGCCAAGUCAUAGCCGAAAUUUUCUAACUCGGUUUCUUAUUAUUUGUAUAAGUUUUACUAUGUCUCAAAACAAUCAUAAUAUGUCAUAGUUCAUAUAGAUCAUAUUAAAUACAAUGAAAUUAGUUUAAAAUCUGUUUAAAGUGAAUAAUAGCUAUCAAACUAAAUAACGGUCGGCACAUAACCUCUCGGGCUGUCGCAACAGACUGGACGAGCACCUGAAAAGCUGUCGCCACAGACGGCGCUGUCAUGUUACUAACGCACGUUUGCAUAGCAUGGACAUUCCACUUACUAACUAAUUCUACGAUACUUCUCUUUCCACAUAGGCUAUAAUAACACAGCUCAGCGCAACUGUAAUGAGUGAGAGCAAGGGCUGGACAUUUAAUUUGUAAGAUUAUAGUUUGGUCCAUGAAGUCUUUAUACUGAGAUUGACGAGUAUAAAAAAUUUAAUAUAAAUUAAUUAUGCAAGGGUUUUAAUAGGGGUACUAGGCGACAGUGAUGAUGAUGAUGAUAAUAAUAAUGAUGGUGGUGGGGUUUGCUAUUAAGAUUUUAGGUGUUACUCUUCACACAUUCUGAAAUAUCCCUUUAUUGCUCUUACGGUCUAGGUAUGUCCAUAUUAAUCAAACCAUAUAGAUAUGAUUUGGUCUAUAUUUGUCUUGUUUUCAGAUCAAGUUUUUAGAUGUUUUUUGUUUAAUAAGAACAAGUGCGAUUAUUUAUUAUUAAAUAUUGUUUCAUUAAUACCCUGAGAAACGGAAUUUCUUUGGAUUAAGGCUGCUGGUUGCUGUGAUUUUUCAACAUUUUGUGGGCUAUCAAUGGUGCAUGAAUAAAUAAAAGCAUUUUUUAAACAUUUCUUACCAUAUAACUACUGCACCUGCAUUACUAUUACUUUGGCCACAGAUAGUUUACAACUUAAAUUUCUUAUUUAUGUAUAAAAUUAUUACAUAGGGUGUGGUAGGACUCCACAAUGCAUGUAAUUAGAAACUUAUUUACGUGCGCCAUUUCUAGGGCAGACAUAAUUUCAAUAAAGUUUUCAAAUGGUAUAUUUCAUGUUUUAAUUGAUAAGCCUGACAUUUUAUGUUUUUUUGAUGUGUAUGAUUACAUUAUGUACAUUAUUAGAGUAACAGAUACGCCUAAAACUGUUUAUUUUUUUAUUACAAUAGAAAAUGAAAGAUACAUUUCGGUACCUAUAAUUUGAAUUCGACUGUACAGUUAUUUUAUGUUAGUUUAAUGGUCGUAAUUUUAAGUAGCAGUUAGAUAAUUAAAUAAAGAGCAGAAAAAAUACAAACUAUAGACUGUAUCAUUGUAAAAAACGGAAUAAAUCGCAAUUUUCCACUUGCACGUGGACCUAGAAACCCUGUCUGUG